GCAGAUGAAAUGUCAAGUUCAGAAACUCAUGACACAACAGCAGAUACAAGGAAAAUGCUUGCUGUCAAGGCAUUCAACCACACAGCAGAGUAUGAUGGCGCUAUUUCAAAUUAUUUUCGAAAGGAAUACAGUCAGGGUGUGUCUCAGUUACCGCUACGAUAUGGAAUGAAUCCUCAUCAAAAGCCAGCACAGUUAUACACUACACUACCACAACUACCGGUCAAAGUCCUCAAUGGUUCUCCUGGAUUUAUUAAUCUGUGUGACGCUUUCAAUUCAUGGCAGUUAGUACGAGAGCUGAAGACUGCCCUGAACCUACCAGCUGCUGCAUCUUUUAAACAUGUCAGCCCAGCAGGUGCUGCCGUGGGUGUUGAUCUAAAUGAAGACCAGGCCAAACUAUGUAUGGUAGAUGACAUGUUACCACAACUAACACCAUUAGCUUCUGCAUAUGCUAGGGCUAGAGGAGCUGAUCGUAUGUCAUCAUUUGGUGAUUUUGUUGCAUUGUCUGACCAAUGUGAUGUCCCUACUGCCAAGAUUAUAUCCAGAGAGGUAUCUGAUGGCGUCAUUGCACCUGGAUAUGAUGAUGAAGCAUUACAAAUACUAUCAAAGAAGAAAGGUGGUAACUAUUGUGUACUCAAGGUAGGUUGGCUAUAGCUAUCCAGUGAUACAUACUUUAGGUAGUUG